AUGGAAGGGAAAAUGGUUGAAUGUAUGGCUUGUCAUCAUCAAGAAGAUUUUUCAAAUUUUGAAACAGAGGAAGUGGUAACAAGAAGUAAUCCCAAGUCACUCCCAUCAAGACUAAGAGAGAAAAGAUCGAGAAUACGACGGAAAGGCGAGGAGACAGAGAAAGGUGCAACUAUUAAAGAGAAAUGUCCCAACUGUGGACAUGAUGAGAUGACAUUCCAUACGAUGCAGCUUCGCAGUGCUGACGAAGGGCAGACCGUUUUUUACUAUUGUCAGAAAUGUGGUUAUAAAUACUCUAUCAACACAUGA